AUGUCAUUUACUUCUGAAUCACUUAAAUAUAAAGGUUAUGCUUAUAAGAAUAGCUACACACCAUUGAAAAUAGUUGACGAGACUAUUCAUCUCUCCAAAACACCCCAAGGUGAGUUUAUUGCUCCACCUGGACAAAUCCUUCUCAAAAUCAAUUAUGCCUCUUUAAACCCAGUAGACUACAAACUAUACCAUCUCAAACCAUUUUUCUUAGGCUGGUUCAAUGACAAACAAGGUUUUGGUAGAGAUUUUAGUGGAGAAGUCAUCUCCAUUGGUGAAAACACUAGCACCAAGGUCAAAGUUGGUGAUUUUGUCCAAGGUAUAUACACACCGAUUUUGGGAAAAGGAACAACUGCACAAUACUUGUUAUUGGACCCAAAACACUCACCAAUCACAACCAAGCCCACAAACAUCGAUUUGGCACAAGCAGCAGCAUGGCCCUUGGUAUUGGGCACUGCAUACCAAUUGAGUGAAGGUUUAAAUUACAAAGACUCCAAAGUGUUGGUAUUGGGAGCAGGCACCUCUGUUGGCAGGAAUGUGGUGCAAUUAGCCAGUCUCGGCGGUGCAAGAGAAGUGGUUACCACAAACUCGGAGAGAAACAGCAAACUAAUUGAAGAAUUGGGGGCUACAAGCCAAAUCGAUUACCGCAAGCACCCAAAUUUCCUUAUCCCCGUGUUGGACAGCGUGAAGCAAACUGGUAAAUUCGAUUACAUCAUUGAUACUUAUGGCGGAACACAAUUAUUCCCCGAGAUUAACAACAUAAUCAACAAAAACGGUUACUACAGAACAAUUGUAGGAGAUGUUGGCGGUCAUAAUUUUGCCACCGUUAUUGGUGCAAUCAAAACCAAGUUUAGACAGAUUAGCUCUAGUUUAGGACUCCUUGAUUAUCAUUAUGAGUUGAAAUUGUUGCAAGAAAUGACUGGAUGGAUUGAGCCGGCAAGGGAUUUGGUCCAAGACGGGAAAGUGAAAAUCUUUAUUGACAACAUCUACCCAUUCGACGAAUUAAAACAAGCAGUCGAAAGAUUGGAGAGCGGAAAGGCUGAAGGUAAGGUGUUGGUUGAAGUUGCCAAACCAGCAAACUAG